AUGGCUUUAUUUUUUAAGGUAUGUUCUAUCGUCGUUCUAGCUUCAAGUACAUUGUCCAGUCAUGUUCCUGGUGGCUAUUCAUACAGCAGAUUCAGUGGUCCCGUCAGCGGUCAAAUUGUGGAAGUUCAAGUGCCAGCGGCGGAAAAUAUUGCUGCCCAACAACACGCUAGUUACGGUUACGAUCAUAAUACUGGGAAAAUUAAUCCGGAAACUGCCAAAUAUGCUCGCUUGAAAACUGUUGACUAUGUGGCAAAGCCGGAUUACCAUUAUGCGUAUGGAGUAGAUGACCCGCACACUGGCAACCUUCAGAACCACAAGGAGCACCGGGAUGGCGAUGUUGUAAGCGGCGAAUAUUCCCUCGUCGAACCCGAUGGUUCUCUUCGUAUUGUCCGUUAUACAGCCGACCCUAAAAAUGGAUUCCAGGCUAUCGUGCAAAAGAAACCAGCUGCUCAAGCCCAAAAAAUUGAUCAGACCGUUCACUAUGGUCGGAAUAACCAAGAAGAAGAUGAUUCAAGGGAAUACUAG